GUAGAACUUAUAACGGCUCCUCCAGUGAGUCAUCCCUUAAACCCAACAAACACCGAAAUUACGAAGUGUAUCUUUUGUGUCUAUCAUCUGUAAUUCAUUAUUACUUCCAUACCGCUGCUGUUACAGUUUUGGUCGUAGCUUUGAAAUUUCACACCAUUUUCCUUACAAUAAUUAAAAGAAUGAAGCUUAUUACACAUAAUAUGUUGACCAGCAAAGGGAUGAAAAACGUGAUAGAAGGAUUUCCGUUAAAGAUACAGGCAGAGGAAGUACGAAAUGUAGACAUUGAAUUUGACCGAGAGUUCAUCUCCAGAAUGGUUCCUAAGCUUGACUGGAAUGCCCUUAUAUUUGCUGCACAAUGUGUGGGUCACCAGGAGGACUUGCCUGAGAUUUUGCCUGAAGGAUAUGAAAAUGAUGAUGACUUACUGAAGAAGCUACAUCACAUUCUUUUGGAAGUGGAAGUUAUCAAUGGAUGCCUCGAAUGCCCAGAAACAAAAAGAAAGUUUCCUAUCAGCAAUGGAAUACCAAAUAUGCUACUGAAUGAAGAUGAAGUGUAAUACAUGUUUAAAUAUGAUGCAUGAGCUGCAAAUGGAGGACAUAUACCAAUAAAUUAGUAUGCUUUUAAAUAAAAGUACAAGACUA